AUGGAAGACAUCAAUCAAACAUCUCCAGAAAGAUUCAUCCUCCUUGGUCUAUCCAACGUUCCAUAUCUCCAGGCCAUCUUCUUCCUUUUGUUCUUUAUGAUGUACAUAAUGACGUUGUCAGGAAACCUUCUGCUGAUCAUUGUGGUGAGGAUCAACCCAAAAUUACAGACCCCCAUGUACUUUUUCCUGAGUAACCUCUCUGUUAUUGACAUCUGUUUCUCAUCCACCAUUGUUCCCAAACUCCUCGUGAAUACCGUGGUCAUGGACAGAAGUAUCUCCAUGUUGGGAUGUGCAGUACAGAUGUACUUCCAUUUGGCAUUGGGAUCAACAGAAUGUAUAAUUCUAGCUGUCAUGGCGUAUGACAGGUUUGCUGCCAUCUGUAGACCAUUACACUACAACACUAUCAUGAACAAGAAGAUCUGUGCCAGUUUAGCUGUAGGGUCAUGGAGUAUGUCCUUCAUGAACUCUGCCAUCCAUGUCACCUUCACAUUCCAUCUCGCCUACUGCAAGAGUCCUUACAUCCACCACUUCUUCUGUGAGAUACCUCUUUUCCUUCGAAUGUCAUGUCAAGACACUUGGCUAAAUGAGAUAGCCAUGUAUAUUGGGGCAAGUGUCAUUGUUAUGUGCUCUUUUAUUUUGACUCUAACCUCAUAUGUCCACAUCAUCUACACCAUCUUGAACAUCCGUUCCUCACAUGGAAGACAAAAAGCCUUCUCAACAUGUGUUUCCCACCUGAUUGUGGUGGUUCUCUACUACGGUACCAUCAUGUUUGUGUAUCUGCGACCCCUCUCUACUUACUCUCCUGAAACAGACAAAACUGUGUCUAUUAUCUAUACAACUGUGACACCAAUGUUGAACCCCAUCAUCUAUAGCAUUAGGAAUGAGAAAGUCAAAAACACCAUUAAAAGAAAAAAAAAAAACAGAGUGUAA